CAGGCGUCAGGCAUAGAGAGCGGAAGCGGAAGUCUUGACGUGUUGGGUAGGUUCCCUCAGCGACCAGGAACCAUGCGCGGCUUGGAGGAGCCGAAGCCUAGGGCCACAGCGACCCCGUGCGGCUGCGUGAAGCCGGCUCUGGAGACAGGGAAUCUUUUAACUGAGCCAAUAGGCUACUUGGAAUCCUGUUUCUCGACCAAGAAUGGUACUCCAAGGCAGCCAUCCAUUUGUAGCCAUUCCCGGGCUUGUUUGAGGAUUAGAAAAAGCAUCUUUAAUAAUCCUGAACAUUCCUUGAUGGGCCUAGAACAGUUUUCUCAUGUUUGGAUUUUGUUUGUUUUUCACAAAAAUGGUCAUUUGAGUUGUAAAGCAAAAGUGCAGCCUCCUAGGCUGAAUGGUGCAAAGACUGGAGUUUUUUCUACAAGGAGUCCUCAUCGGCCCAAUGCAAUAGGACUGACCCUGGCAAAGCUGGAAAAGGUAGAAGGUGGAGCUAUAUACCUUUCUGGAAUUGACAUGAUACAUGGCACACCUGUACUAGACAUAAAGCCCUACAUAGCUGAUUACGACUCACCGCAAAAUUUGAUGGAAUCUUCAGGGGAUGUUAAUUUGCAGAAUAACCAGCAUAAACCAAAAACUGUGUCCUGGUCUGAUGGCAAAACUAAUAAUUGUGAUCAGCGGCAGCUAUCGGGAUUCAAUGAGCCACAUCCCCACCACAGCACUAAGGAGAAGCCUAAACGAUCUGAGGACAGAACUUCAGAAGACAACAGUGUGAAACACAGCAACACGGCAAAAACCCAGUGCACCUUGCCCACACACAGGGACAGAGCAGUGGGUUUGGGCUUGGCGUCAAGCAGUGAUGAGAGGCCAAGUGUGGCAGAAGAGCACAUCAGCCCCCAUUGCCUGGAGAAGAGCUCAGUGGAAGGAACAGAUGAAAGGCUAAGGAGUGUGGAAGGGGCAGUGGUCCCCCCGGAAGGCAGUGCAGAGACACAGCCUGCGGCGCCUCACUCUCCUGCCGGGACAGCUGACGGGGGCCCUGGCAGUGUGGUUCCGGCCUGGGUGAGACAGGCCCCUGUGGCCACAUUAGAAGUACGGUUUACUCCUCACGCCGAGAUGGACCUCGGGCAGCUCAGUUCAGGAGGUGAAACAGAUGUUGGUCAGGCGUCAUUUAAAUAUCUUCGAUCAGCAGAGGAAGCAAAGCGUGCCAUUGAGGCCGUGCUGUCAGCUGAUCCUCGCUCUGUGUACCGCCGGAAGCUCUGCCAGGACCGCCUGUUCUACUUUACUGUAGACAUAGCGCAUGUCACUUGCUGGUUUGGUGAUGGCUUUGCAGAGGUUCUAAGGAUCAAGCCAGCUUCUGGGUCUUUUCAAGUGACUUGACUCUGUGGAGUCCUCGGAGCUUCCAUCAUGUCUUUAGACAGGCUUGUUGGGGCUUUUGGAUUUUCUGUAUAAGCUAAUGAUGUGCAGCACUUGGUAAUCUCACUGCUUUGAUUAAUUUGGGCUGUUCCAAAUAUUUAUUUGAAAAAGAUGUAUUUUAAUAAAUUUAACUGAGAUAUAUUGA